AUGUCCUCCAUCGCCGUCGCCAUCUAUGGCCCCAUAUUCAUUGGCGUGGUCUUGAACAUUCUCCUGUACGGAAUCAUGAUCACCCAGACAUACAUCUACUUCAACACCUUCAAACAGGACCGCACAUGGAUGAAGGCGUUCGUCGGCCUUCUAUUUCUCUGUGAUACCGUGAACUGCGUCUUCGACAUCAUCUUUCUUUACGUCCCGCUCAUCAACGAUUUCGGUGAUGAAUUGGCGCUCACGACGGCAUCUUGGGUUUUCGCCACAGACCCGGCAAUGACAGCCAUCAUCGGGAGUCUUGUGCAACUGUUCUUCGCGUGGCGCGUAAAGGUUCUCACGAACAGCACGCCCGCCGUGCUCGUCAUCACCGCGUGUGCGAUAGUCUCGCUCCUUGGAGGGAUAGGAACCUCGAUCGCAGUGGGCAUGAUCCCCCAGUUCUUCGAGUUCCAGAAGUUCAAAGUGAUCGUCAUCAUCUGGCUGAUCGCCUCCUCCGUGGCCGACUGCCUGAUUACCUUCGUCCUGGUCGGGUAUCUGCGCGUCCACAAGACCGGCUUCGGCCCGACAGACGACUUCGUGAACAAGAUCAUUCGAAUGACCGUCCAAACGGGGCUCAUCACCGCCCUCUGGGCCACCGUCGACCUGAUCGUGUACUUGGCGAGCCCGACGGGCCUCCACCUGAUCUUCAACAUCCCGCUCGCGAAGCUCUACACGAACUCGCUCAUGUCCAGCCUCAACUCCCGCGCCGGCUGGAGCUACGGCUCGAACAGCAGCGGGCCCGCGACGGCCGAGUCCGGCAACCGCGGCCGCAACUUCGGCGUCCGCACCGGCGGCGAGGCCAGCCAAAUGACCCCGAGCCAGGUGUACGUCGACGUGGAGUCGCACGAGAUGGUGGACGUCGUGGACGCGAAGGGCGUGUACCCGCCGGAGCCCGCGCUGAACACGCACGGGUACAGCAAGCGGUCGGUGGUGCUCACGCACACGGCCGGCGGCGCGCCGCCGCCGCGGUCGUGA